UGUUGGGAUAUGAUCGCAGGCCUGCAGAAGUAUUGCGAUGGAGUUUGAUCAUUUGAUUGACUUUGUUAUAGUUUUAUAAACUGCACAUGUUUUAUUCAUAGGGUCUCCGAAGUCCGAACUCCAAACUACCAAAGCAGUGAAAUGCAUGUCUGGAACUGCAACCACCAAUCUCACACCAUCUCAGUGAUCUCAAGGAGAUUCAUUUCAUAUCGUUCAAUCUCACAUAACUCGCUCUGUCUCGACAAUCUCUUGCCUUUACCCGAGGACAUUGCUUCCAUUUCGCUUCCUUUUGAUCAAAACGAUACACCCAGCAUUCACCGAUGGGACGCCAUCAUCAGAGACAUUUCUGCAAGCUCCCAACCCGAAAAGUCUCUCAUUGUCUAUGCCAUGAUGCGAAGAAAAGGUGUAACUCCCAGCAUGCACACUUUCCCUUCCCUUCUCAAAUCCGUUUCCAAGUCUCAAAACCAUAACCCAUAUCAGCUUUGGCCUCAUAUUGUUAAGUUCGGAUUGAAUUCUGACCCUUUUGUAAAGAAUUCAUUGAUUUCAGCCCUUUUCAGCUCUGGACGCAUGGAACUCGCUCGUCAAGUGUUCGAUGAAAAUGAGCAAGCGGAUGUGGUUUCUUGGACUGCUUUAAUCAAUGGGUAUUUAAAAACUGGUUCUCUUGUUGAAGGGUUGACAUGUUUCAAGGAAAUGAGAUUAAGAGGUGUAAAAGUUGAUGGAAUGACUGUUGUUAGUGUCCUUAGUGCUGCAGGAAAAAUGGGUAAUAUUUGGUUUGGAAGGAGUAUUCAUGGAUUUUUUAUGGAAACAGGGAGAGUCAAAUGGGAUGUGUUCGUUGGUAGUGCCCUUGUUGAUAUGUAUUCAAAAUGUGGGUGCUGUGAUGAUGCAAGAAAAUAUUUUGAUGAAAUGCCAAGAAAAAAUGUGGUUUCUUGGAGUGCUUUGAUAGCUGGCUAUGUGCAAUGUAAUAGAUUUAUGCAGGCACUUGUCGUUUUUCAGGAUAUGCUAAUGGAGAAUGUUAGGCCUAGUGAAUUUACGUUUACUAGUGUUCUCACUGCUUGUGCCGAAAUGGGGGCUUUGGUCCAAGGAAUGUGGGUUCAUGGAUAUAUGGAUAGAUGUAAACUGGAGAUGAAUUCCAUUGUUGGGUCGGCUUUGAUAAAUAUGUAUACAAAGUGCGGGUGUUUGAAUGAGGCUUUCAUGGUUUUUAAGAAGCUGAGUGGAAAGGAUCUUUUUAUUUGGAAUGCCAUGAUUAAUGGAUUGGCGAUGCAUGGUGAUGCAAUAGGCUCCUUUAAUCUGUUCUGGGAAAUGUUAGGCAGCGGUAUUCAUCCAAAUGAAGUUACCUUCCUUAAUGUUCUUAGCGCAUGUUCGCAUGGAGGUCUUGUUGAUGAGGGACGUAAGCUCUUCGCAAUGAUGAAGCAUAGGUACUGUAUGGCUCCUAGUGUAGAUCAUUACAGUUGCAUGGUUGACCUGCUUGGUCGGGCAGGGCACUUGGAAGAAGCAAGGAAGUUGAUUAAAGAUAUGCCAAUAGAGCCGACGGCUGGAGUAUGGGGAGCCUUGUUUGGGGCCUGUGUGAUUCACAAGGCAUAUGACCUAGGGGAAUGUAUAGGAAAGCAUUUGAUCAAGUUGCAGCCGAAUCAUAGUGGUAGAUAUGCCCUUUUGGCAAACUUGUACUCGAGGUGCCAAAAAUGGGAUUCAGCCGCUCAGAUAAGAAAGCUCAUGAAAGAGAAAGGUGUUAAAAAGACACCAGGGUGUAGCUGGAUAGAAGUCAAUGGUGCAACCCAUGAGUUCAUUGCUUUUGAUGGAUCUCAUUCUGAAUUCCAUAGUCUGAACCAGGUGAUGGAUAGUUUUAUAGUUCAAUUGACUCUUGCUGAUUAUGCUACAGAUUGUAGCUUAUUUGCAUUUGAUGUUGAUGCGGAUUGAGAAAAUAUUCCACAAUGUGUGCUUGCAUUGUUGACAGCUGACGAGGUGGAUUAGACUUCUUAAUUAAUUACAGUAAAUCUUUAAACCAAACAAUGUGGG